CGGAUGGCUCGGGCCGCCCGGCUCCGCGGCGCGGUCCUGCGCGCCCUCCUGCUCCCACUGGCGCUGUUGCUGCUCCCGCCGCCGCCGCUGCUGGCCUGGGCCCCGCGGCCCCCGGAUGCAUACCGCCGCCACCCUAUGAGGAAGGGGCCACAGCCUUGGCAUGAAGCUGCUCCUGGCAGCCUGGCACCUGGCCCUACCGCCCAGGAGACUCCCCAGCCUGCCAGCACCCCCAGACCUCCCCGCUGCGGUGUGCCUGACCCGCCUGAAGGGCUGAGUGCCCGCAACCGACAAAAGCGGUUCGUGCUGUCAGGCGGGCGCUGGGAAAAAACGGACCUCACCUACAGGAUCCUUCGGUUCCCGUGGCAGCUGGUACGGGAGCAGGUACGGCAGACGGUGGCAGAGGCCCUACGGGUGUGGAGCGAGGUGACACCACUCACCUUCACCGAGGUGCAUGAGGGCCAUGCUGACAUCAUGAUCGACUUUACCAGGUACUGGCAUGGGGACAACCUGCCAUUUGAUGGGCCUGGAGGCAUCCUGGCUCAUGCCUUUUUCCCCAAGACCCACCGAGAAGGAGAUGUCCACUUCGACUAUGACGAGACCUGGACUAUCGGGAACAACCAGGGCACAGACCUCCUGCAGGUGGCGGCCCAUGAAUUUGGCCACGUGCUGGGACUGCAGCACACGACGGCUGCCAAGGCACUUAUGUCCCCUUUCUACACCUUCCGCUACCCGCUGAGCCUCAGUCCAGAUGACCGCAGGGGCAUCCAGCACCUCUAUGGCCAACCCCGGCCAGCCCCCACCUCCAGUCCCCCAGCUGUGGGCCCGCAGGCUGGGGUGGACACUAACGAGAUUGCCCCCCUGGAGCCGGAAGCCCCACCAGAUGCCUGUGAGAUUACCUUUGAUGCAGUCUCUACCAUCCGUGGCGAGCUCUUCUUCUUCAAGGCGGGCUUCGUGUGGCGGCUACGUGGGGGCCGGCUGCAGCCUGGCUACCCUGCACUGGCUUCUCGUCACUGGCAGGGACUGCCCAGCCCCGUGGAUGCAGCCUUGGAAGAUGCCCAGGGCCACAUCUGGUUCUUCCAAGGUGCUCAGUACUGGGUGUAUAAUGGCGAGAAGCCAGUCCUGGGCCCUGCACCCCUCUCUGAGCUGGGCCUGCUGGGGUCCCCCAUCCAGGCCGCCUUGGCCUGGGGCCCCGAGAAGAACAAGAUCUACUUCUUCGGAGGCGGAGACUACUGGCGCUUCCACCUCAGCACCCGCCGAGUGGACAGCCCCGUGCCCCGCCGGGCCACUGACUGGCGAGGGGUGCCCUCUGAGAUCGACGCCGCCUUCCGGGAUGCUGACGGCUAUGCCUACUUUCUGCGCGGUCGCCUCUAUUGGAAGUUCGACCCUGUGAAGGUGAAGGCCUUGGAGGGCUUCCCCCGCCUCGUGGGCCCUGACUUCUUCGGCUGUACCGAGCCUGCCAACACUUUCCACUAACCAUAACUUCUCUCAGGGCUCCUGACCCCUGCCAGGCCACUGAUAUCGGAUAGAGACCAGUGGCCAUCUUUGUGGCUGUGGGCUCAGGCACAGGAUAGAGCCUGUGUUUCCUCAGGGGGGUGGGGAGGGGGUGCUGUCA